AGCGUAAAAAGGCGCCAUUGAUUUUAGCCGUGGGUUCGAUCGUCUAUAGCGACACUCAGCAGACGAGAUUAGAGACAGAGAGAGACAAGAUGGUGUGGGGUUUCGUCACCUGUGGCCCAAAUGAGGCGCUUGUCAUAUCGGGAUGCUGCCACAAAAAACCUCUUCUUGUGCCAGGAGGGAGAGCUUUCGUGUGGCCCACUGUCCAGCAGGUCCAGAGAAUCUCCUUGAAUGUGAUGACUCUUAAUGUGGAGAGUCCCCGUGUGUACACCUCGCAGGGAGUCCCAAUCUCCGUCACCGGCAUUGCGCAGGUGAAGGUCCAGGGUCAGUACGAGGAGAUGCUUCUGGCUGCGUGUGAACAGUUUCUCGGGAAGACGGAACAUGAAGUACAACAGGUGGCACUCGAGACUUUGGAGGGCCACCAGAGGGCCAUCAUGGGCUCUAUGUCUGUUGAGGAAAUCUACAAGGACCGGAAGAAGUUCAACCAACAUGUCUUCGAAGUGGCCUCCUCUGACCUGAUCAACAUGGGUAUCACUGUUCUCUCGUACACACUGAAGGAUAUCCAUGACGACGAGACGUAUUAUGCAAAGGGAUACCUCGAUGCCCUAGGGAUGGCUCGGACAGCAGAGGUCAAACGGGACGCAAGGAUUGGCGAGGCAGAGGCGAACAAGGACUCUCAGAUCAAGGAGGCCCUGGCGGAGGAGGAACGCAUGGCAGCCAAAUACGUCAAUGAUACUGAGAUUGCCAAGGCACAGAGAGAUUUUGAGCUGAAGAAGGCCACUUAUGACAUGGAGGUCCAGGCUAAGAAAGCAGAGGCAGAAUUAGCUUACGACCUCCAGGCGGCCAAGACACGACAGAAGAUCAAGGAGGAGCAAAUGCAGAUUAAGGUGGUGGAGCGCGCACAGGAAAUAUUAAUCCAGGAACAAGAAAUUCAGAGACGGCAGAAAGAGUUAGAAGCAACUAUCAAACAGCCAGCGGACUCCGAGAAGUUUAAACUGGAGAAACUGGCAGAGGCAGCUCGGAACAGGGCCCUUCUGGAGGCGGAGGCAGAGGCGGAGAGUGUGAGGGUGAAGGGGGAGGCGGAGGCCCUGGCGGUGGAGGCCAAGGCAAGGGCCGAGGCCAACACCAUGGUGCAGAAGGCAGCCGCUCUGCAGGAGUACAAGGAGGCGGCCAUGCUGGAGAUGUAUCUGUCCACGCUGCCCAAGGUGGCAGCAGAGGUGGCAGCCCCAUUAUCCCAGGCCAAGAAGGUGACAAUGGUGAGCAGUGGUGACAGCGAGAUUGGUGCCGCUAAGUUGACUGGUGAAGUAAUGGACAUCAUAACACGGGUGCCAGCCAUGGUCAAGACUAUGACUGGGGUGGAUGUGGCCAAGGUGUCGUCAAUAAGCCAGAUUCGACCUCCAAGUUCGCUAAUUAAGAAGAAAAUUGAUGAAGAUUUUUCUACGAGUGAAGGAAGCCUGUAGAGGAGGAGGAGGAGGAGGAGGA